AUGCUCGAAGAAAUCGAAAUCCCAGUUGUCAUCGUCGGUGGCGGGGGUUGUGGGUUGACUCUCUCAUGCUUCCUAUCGAACUAUGGGGUUAAACACGUCCUUCUUGAGAAACAUACAGGGACCUCGAUCAUUCCUAAGGCACACUAUCUGAAUCAGCGCACCAUGGAAACGCUUCGCAAUCAUGAUAUGGUGGAAGAGAUCCUGCAGAAGACUUGCCCUCCUCGACACAUGAGUCAAGUUGCAUGGCAGACCUCGCUAGGCGGUUCCGGUCCAUUUGAUCGCCAGGUUAUCUCUAAAUUUGAAUGCUUCGGCGGACAUGAUGGAACCGAAUUCGCGGAAUCGUACAAACGCGACGCCCCACUCCGCUCUGGAAAUCUUCCGCUAUUCCGGUUGGAGCCGAUAUUAAAGAAGAUCGCGGAGCAGAGAAACCCUGGCAAAGUUUUAUUCGGUCAUCAAUUGGUGGAUUUCACCGAUGAGGGCUCCUCCAUCAUUGCCACGGCAUCUGACGAAGCCGCGAUCGAAAGAACAUACCGAUGCAAAUAUAUUAUUGCUGCAGAUGGAGGCCGGACUAUUGGGCCCAAGCUCGGCGUCAAAAUGGAAGGGUUGACCAACAUCUCUGAUAUGGUUUCUGUGCACUUCAGUGCUGACCUCUCCGAGUAUUGGGACGACCGCUACUUUGCUUGCCACUUCAUCAAUGGCGAGUGCAGCACCGUGUUCGAGAGCGGCGCAAUUGUUCCUAUGGGUCCAAACUGGGGCAAGCAUUCUAAGGAAUGGGUAUUCCAUUGCGGAUUUGCGAUGGAUGACCAGAAUCGACACAACGAUUCGGCAUUGAUUCCGCGUAUUCGCCAGCUGCUGAAGAUCCCUGACCUUGAAAUGGAAGUUCAUAAAAUCAGUCACUGGGCCAUCGAGAAAGUCCUCGCGGACAAGUAUAGGGUUGGUCGAGUCUUUCUUGCCGGGGACGCCGGCAACCGCCGUCCGCCUACGACUGGUUUAGGACUCAAUACUGCGAUCGAGGAUUCUCUGAAUAUCGCCUGGAAGCUAGCGAUGGUCCUCAAAGGACAAGCCAGCGAAUCCAUCCUAGACAGCUAUGAGCCGGAAAGACGCGCCGUCGGUGAGAUCAACUGCGAUUGGGGACUAUUCACGUUCAGCAACUCCGCUGUCAUUAACACUGCCCUUGGACUCAUCCCGGGAGAAAGAGAAGCAAACCAAGUCCGCUUCCACUCUCUCUUUGAAGAUACCGAUAAAGGCCGUAGCUUCCGGGCUCAAGUUUCACGCAUCAUCGAUUCCCAAGCCAUUGAAUUUUGUGCACAUGGAAUCGAGCUGGGUUUUAGAUACCCCAUGGGGCUUCUUCUGCAUGACGGAAGCCCCCCGACAGCUCGGGAUCCUUUGGGUCUGAGAUAUGACCCCACCACACAGCCUGGUCAUCGUCUCCCUCAUGCCUGGAUCGAGGUAGGAAAACUUGUUAUCUCUACGCAUGACUUGGUAUCGAAUAAGCCAGGCUUCGCCUUAAUUACGGACAGUGAAGGCGGCGAUUGGGAAAUUGCAGCUCGUAAUAUCUCCAAGCACCAUGGGAUUGAAGUUGUUACGGCUCGGAUUGGUGACAAUGCCUUUUACCGGGACUAUGAUGACCGAUGGAAUGCCUUGAAAGGCAUACAGGCAGGCGGAGCUAUCCUUAUUCGACCCGACAACAUGAUUGCCUGGAGAUCGAUCUACAAGAGCCGUCUUCAGGGUAAGGAGUUGGAAGUUGCGAUGGACCAGUUGUUGCUAGGAGGUACUGGGGAGCAAUCUAAAAUGAAGCUCUGA